AUGACUUCAUCAGUAUCCAACAACAAUAACAACAAUAAUAAUGCAGUGAUGAUAUCGUCCUUACCAUCACCGCCCAUUUCAAAUCGUCAGUCUAUCAUCAAGAUGCCAGCUUUUAUGUUGGGCCGAGUCCCUCCUGCCUGUCCCAUCAUACCACCACCUUUACCAUUCAAGCAGCACUGCUCCAACAACCGCAGCGCCGGCGGGUGGGUUUCCGACAUGGGUUCCACAAGCUACCAUCGUAACAGUAGACAGCAAGAUGAAUUGAGGCCAUUAUUAUACCAGCAACAACAAGAUGAAUGCUAUCUGCCACCCAUCCAGAACUUUAUGAAUACGCCUUUAUCGAGCCCCUCACCGCCACCCUCGUCGGGUACUAGCUGCUGCUAUUCGUCAUCUCCAUCUUCAUCCUCUGAUGAAGACGAUGUAUUGAACUCUUCUGUCCGCAGAAAGGGUUCAAUUGCUUCACUGCUGAAUUCUGAUCCUGAAUUAAAGCAGUUGGACGAAGAAGAAAGCAAAUGCAAUUAUCAAUCUCAUUUCUUUGACAAUUACUCGUUAAAAAGAGGAAGACCAUCUACUGCUGCGACCAUCGAUGACACCAUGAGUAGUAGUAGCAACCCACACAAGAAGCAGCGCACAUCAGAGAACGCAGAUUGCAUCAAACAGGCCUGUCAAUCUUCCAAGUCUCCUACUGCUUCCUCCUACAACACAUUCGCCAAUGAAUCUACACGUGCAACCAAAGGUUUACGCCAUUUCAGCAAACAAGUGUGUGACAAAGUUGCUAAAAAAGGCGUUACAACCUACAAUGAGGUGGCAGAUGAACUGGCAUUCGAUAUCCAGCAACAAAAUGCGCUUGUAGAUGGCCAGCCAAAACAGACGUAUGACCAAAAGAAUAUUCGCCGUCGUGUGUAUGACGCUCUCAAUGUGUUGAUGGCAAUGAACAUUAUUACCAAAGACAAAAAAGUAAUCAAAUGGCUUGGUAUUCCUGAAUGUUAUAAACAGCCUACAGAAAAAGAUGGGCAGGACAAUGCAGAUCUGUUGAGCCAAAUCAAGGCAGAGGAACUUCGCCAACAUCAGUUGCUGGAGUCCCUUCAAGUGCUCCGUGGUACCAUCAACAGUAAACUGGAAAAACAUGUACACAUUCGCAACCUUGUAAGUAGAAAUCAAUCACAACCACCAUCUACUACCAGCCAAAAGAUUGAAUUGCCGUUUUUCAUGAUUUGUUCGUCUUUGACAAAAGAUGCUCAUUUACAACUGAAUAUACAAAAUGGCGGUCGAUCUGCCAUAGUAUCGUUUCAGCAUGAUCAAGGAAAUCAACAGAUUGUAUAUGAAGAUAUGGAUGUUUUACGACAUGUAUCUCUCCUAUUAUAG